UGUAUGCGAUGCGAUGACUGGUGUCAUUAUCGAGCGAUGCUGGUUUAUAUAAGAAACAGCAUAUCACAAUACUGCCUCGUUACAAACGGAAAAUGUUCUUAUACUCUGAAAGCCGAAUCAAAUGUCCGCGCAACACUAACACAACAUAUGCUACAUUGCUUCACAGCCAUGAAACUAUGCACUUUUGCUAUCUUGUCUCAAUCACGCAAGUGCUGUUUAGUGUGCGACAAAGCGUAAACACAAACUUGUUCUUGCUAUAUUUCCUCGCAGGAUACCUAAACACUCAACGUGGUAAGACGAAAUUGUCUCCUAAAUAGCUUGAUAAGCAAUAUACGACAGAUCAAUCAGUAAAAUGAACUGACUAGCUUUAAUGUACAGUCACGGUGCUCCGAAAAACAAAUAAAGAGAAAGAGAGAGAGAAAGAACUUCGCCUUAAGUACACGGGAAUCCCCUUAUUUUGUCCCGCGUUUAUUCCCUGGUACAUUGUAUCAGCAGUAGCUGACAGCAAUUACUUUCCAGCUCAGUUAGCUGCCAUGUUUAAGUUCCUCUUCACCAAGCUAGUUCUACAGCGUAGUUAGAACAAUAAGGGAAUAUUUUGUUCUAGUACUUUAAUAAGAUAACAAAGCAAAUUUUUUCCCGUUUGUUGGUUUAGACAUCCUACUGUUUAGUGUACUGCUAUACGGUUUGCUUAAAAGUGUGUUGUCAUGGAUAUUGGCAACGUGACGUAUAUCGAAGAGGAAUAUGAACUUGAAUUCGCAAGCAAUUUUGUCCCGGCAAAUGAUAUUCGUGGCACACUCUGGUAUCCUCGAAACGAAAGACCACUAACUAGCAACUUAAUGCGGGAAGUACCAGCACACAAAGUACAAGCAGUUUUGGAAUGCGGUGGUUUAUCAGCAGCAGUGUGUUAUGGACUCCACAAAAUUAACCCACAAAUUCACACCUUUGAGUUUCGUGAGGUAGCCCCAAAUGUCAUGGGGUUUAAGAUUCGAAUACCACAGAAAGAAGCAAAGCACCUACGAAGAGAGAUUGUGGCAGGUCAACUUAUGCCUAACCUAGAAAUCGAGUUAAAAAAGAUUGCGGAAAUGCAGGGUUCAAAAUUCGUGGGUUAUUCAAACGCAUCUAUUGAAAAUUGCGAACGAAGGUUAUCGCCUCCGGAAAUUCGAAAACAAAAGAAACGUCAAGAAGCCACCAACGGUCCAGCGUAUUUUGAGCCGGGAGAGGUUUACACAAAAUCCGACAGUAAAGGCUUCCUUGGAAAAGGUGCAUGCGGUGUCGUACUGAAGGCUUACCAUCAUGACAUUGGUGUUAUUGCGGUUAAAUGUAUGGAGAAUCAUCUGCCCCAGAAUGAGAAGAAGUGCCGAGAAAGAUUUGACGGCGAAGCGAAGAUGUUGUUUAAGCUCUCGCACAGUAAUGUGGUUGCUUUCUUCGGUAUAACUGGUUGGCAAGGAGCCUUUGGUCUUUUGAUGGAAUAUCUUUCCGGAGGAAAUCUCUCAUCCCUUUGCCGAAAAGGAAAAAGUACCAGAUCUCUGUACUUUCCAUGGCCGCUUCGACUACGUAUUAUAAAGGAUAUAGCAAGCGGGUUAGCAUAUUUACACAGUAAGAAGAUAGUGCACGGCGAUAUGAAACCUGCUAACGUACUGCUUGAUCGGGAAUUGCGAGCAAAAAUAGCCGAUUUCGGGGGAGCCGAGAUUGCCGCCACGUCUGGAACAACUUCGUCCAAAGUGAAGCGAGAAUCUGCAGGCAAACAUCAAUAUACUUUAAUUUAUGCAGCUCCAGAAUUUUUCCAAGCCAUUUUCAGUCGAAAAAGGAAAACACCUGAAGAUGUUUAUAGUUUGGCUAUCAUCAUAUACGAAGUUCUAAUUCGAGGUAAAGCUUGUGAGGAUUUAAAUGGGGGUGUAUCAAUGUUUAAAGAAGCAGUCACAAGUGGCCAGAGACCAGAUUUAAAAGAAGUCGAAGAAAUAAAAGACGAAACAGUGAAACCGUCCAACGAUCACAACAUUAUUACAUUUCUCGAAGAGGUUAUGAUUUCAUCCUGGAAUGGUCAGCCGAAGAGGCGACCUAGGAUGCAAAAUAUAGAAGAACAAACCAACAACUUCUGGGGAAACCAAAAUUCCCAAUCUGUACACAACAUGGCAAAGGAGCUUUACACAGCCCUUAGUUACAACAAGGAUGUCGCUAAAGCAUCGUGGGUAAAGUUAGAAAAGUUACGCUCGCCCGAUUUCAGUAUAAAGUCCGACGAAUCUGAUCCAAUGGAAGAAUCCAAGACAGUAGAAAAUGCCAAAUUUAAUGGUGCACAAUAUUCACCCCCGCCGCAGCGGAAUGAAGAAAAACAACAUAGGGCUAAGAAUAAACCGGCAAAAAGCUCAACUCCGAAACCCAACAAUGAAAAGCAGGAGCAACAUGACAGUACCUACUUUUCUGCCUCACAAUCAAGCACUUAUCCAACACUUGAAACUGGAAGUAUAGACGAAAUGUUAAGAUCUCUUUCCCUGUCUGAUGACUCAGAGAGGUACUGGAAAGAAAAGAAAUAUGAUAUGGCCCUGGAUUUGUUUCUUGAUAUGCUGAGAAAUUCUGCAAACGACGCCGACGCACUUUUGGUAAAUGGGCUCAAGGCAGCGCAUUGCUUGUACGCACUGGGUAGAAGUAAGGAAGGAGACGCGCAACUGCAAUUAGCGCUUAGCGGGGCAACUGAUUAUGCUCGCUUUAGGAACUGUAGGAUGGUCGCACAAAAUGUACUUCAGGUCACGAAAAAAUACUUUGAAACUUCGCAGUCAGUACGCGGGGUACUUAUUAUGCAGUAUUGUGUGAGACUGUACACUGUAUUGCCCCGAAAAGAAGCGGCCGUCGAAGGCUUGUACAAGUGCACAGAGGUAGUGAGGAAGGGGUAUAAGUACCAAUACAACCGACAUGACCAUGUUCUUUCUCUAUUUGACAAGAUGACGUCGAUACUGCAGCAGCGUGAAUAUCUGGACUCUGCGCCAGUUCUAGCUGGUGCCGCCUUGCAUGGCAUCGCAUACAUCUGCGACGAUUUGCACCAUUUCGAACGCGCUGUUAAGCUGUAUGAAAAAGUCUUUGAAAUACUCAAAAAAACUGAUCCACAAUCGACUAUGGCGAUGGCUUUACGUGCCCAAUGUCUUCACAACUGUGGGAUAUCCUACAUGAAAACUGGUCAGUUCAAAGACGCCAAGAAACUGUUCGAAGAUGCUUUGGAAUUCGAGAAGUAUACCAAUUAUCAUGAUGACCCAGCUAGUCGAGAAAAAAGCGUAGAGAAAACAAAAAAAAUGUUAAACGAAGUGCUGCUUAAAAUGUCUUAUCCACCUUCCUAAUUAUUUGUUUAAACCCUGAAUCGGGUAUAACAGAUUUUAUGUUCCAACAAAUCUGCCUACCUAUUUUAGUAGACACACUACUCUAUUAGGUUCUAUAGCUUGUUUUUCUCUGACAGCUAAAGAAUUGUGUAUUUAAGAAGUAUUUUAAUGAAUACUAAUUUGAUUUUUAUUGUUAUACCAUUUAAAUAAUUUUAAUCACCUUAAACUUAUAUUCUUGUAAAGCCAUCAGCAGUAUUUGAUAUCGUAUUUGAAGAAAUGAAUAAAUCAUAGUUUUCUAAUUGUGGAGUGGACAAAUAAUUAAAUGAAUGAAUGUAA